CUUUAUAACAGUGGAAUUUGAACUCUGUCUUCGACAUUCUGUUAAAAAAUAGUGUAAAUGGUAUGGAGUAGCUUACGGAAAAUAUGACAUCGUUUCUUAUUAAGUUACCCCUGCUAAUCUUUGGAUUAAUAAGGGUCACUAUCGAGUAUUUGCAACUCGUUAUCAAUCUAUGGAGAAUGGAUAAGGAGAAAAAGGAGAAAGUUCUCUACGACUUCCAUGUAAAAUCCAAUACUCAUUUAUCUCCUAUUAAGUACAAUGAAGUUGGUGUUACAAUUGGUUCUUGGGAAAUGUACAAGUAUAUUAUCCGUAAGCAAAUCGAUUUAGAAUUGUACGGUAAAUAUUGUCAAGUAGGUUUACCAGCACCGAAUCCUUCUGUUAUUGAAGUUCGUGGAAAAAUAUCGAAUUCCAUCAAACAAAAGAAGAGUUUACUAUCCUUUGCUAAUUCAGCAAGACCCUUAGUUAUUAAUUUUGGAAGUUAUAUAGUUGAUUUUAUUACAAUAUAUAUAUCGGAGGCUCACGCAACGGACCAAUGGCAGUUUGCUACUAAUCCAUUCAAAGUGAGAUCGCAUAGAUCUCUCGAUGAGAGGAUUACAGCCACAUUUUUAUUAAGAAAGGAAUACGAAAAAUACGGCUGGACUGAGUCGAUGAUGAAAAUAUCUGCAGAUCCAAUGAAUAAUGAGGCUAGGAAGAUGUAUACAGCCUUACCAGAAAGAUUUGGAGUUAUUAGAAAUGAAAAAAUUGAAUUCCUAAGUAAAGUCGGCUCUGAAUUUUACGUUGUUAGCAAACUAGAAGAAUGGUUGCAAGCUUACCGUCUAUCGCUAAAUCAGUAA